CAGACAGGAUGCUGAGCAUCUGGACAGUCACACUUUUUCUGCUGGGAGCAGCCAAUGCAAAGGAAAUUUGCUAUGAUGACCUUGGGUGCUUUUCUGACUUGGAGCCCUGGGCUGGGACUGCAAUCCGGCCCCUGAAAGUCCUCCCCUGGAGCCCUGAGAAGAUCGGUACCCGCUUCCUGCUCUACACCAACGAAAACCCAACCACUUUUCAGACACUCAUUCCCUCUGAUCCAUCAACGAUUGAGGCAUCAAAUUUUCAAACAGACAGGAAGACCCGGUUCAUCAUCCACGGUUUCAUAGACAAAGGAGAUGAGAGCUGGGUACUGGACAUGUGCAAGAACAUGUUCCAGGUGGAGGAGGUGAACUGCAUCUGCGUGGACUGGAAGAAGGGCUCCCAAACCACAUACAGCCAGGCUGCCAACAAUGUGCGUGUGGUGGGUGCUCAGGUGGCUCAGAUGCUCAGCGUUCUCUCGACGGACUACAAGUACUCACCUUCCAAAGUCCACCUCAUCGGCCACAGCCUGGGAGCGCAUGUGGCCGGAGAAGCAGGCAGUAGGACUCCAGGCCUGGGCAGAAUUACAGGGUUGGAUCCUGUAGAAGCAAAUUUUGAGGGCACUCCCGAUGAGGUUCGACUCGACCGCUCUGAUGCUGUCUUUGUUGACGUGAUUCACACAGACGCUGCUCCCCUCAUCCCAUUCUUGGGUUUUGGAACGAAGCAGCAGGUGGGCCAUAUUGACUUUUUCCCCAACGGUGGAGAGGAGAUGCCAGGAUGUCAGAAGAACACCCUGUCACAGAUUGUGGAUCUGGAUGGCAUCUGGGCAGGAACCCGGGACUUCGUGGCUUGUAAUCACUUAAGAAGCUACAAGUACUAUUCAGAGAGCAUCCUCAACCCCGACGGGUUCGCUGCGUAUCCCUGUGCUUCCUACAGAGCCUUUCAAUCGAACAAGUGCUUCCCCUGCCCAGAUGAAGGGUGCCCACAGAUGGGUCACUAUGCUGAUAAAUUCGCCGGCAAGAUAAGUGAUGAGUCCCAGAAAUUCUUCCUGAACACAGGCGAUGCCAGCAGUUUUGCUCGCUGGAGAUAUGGAGUUACAAUAACAGUGUCCGGAAGAACUGUCACUGGGCAGAUCAAAGUUGCUUUGUUUGGAAGUAAGGGAAACACUCGCCAAUACGACAUAUUCAGGGGACUUAUUAAGCCAGGCUCAACCCAUUCCAGUGAGUUUGACGCCAAGCUUGAUAUUGGAACAAUCGAGAAAGUCAAGUUUCUCUGGAAUAACAACGUGAUAAAUCCAACCUUCCCCAAAGUGGGCGCAGCCAUGAUCACCGUGCAAAAGGGCGAGGAGAAGACAGUGUACAACUUCUGUAGCGAAGACACCGUGAAAGAAGACGUGCUGCUGACUCUCACACCCUGCUAA